AUGACUGCCCUGAGGCAGAUGUCCUCAGAAGAAAGAGAGGAUCUUAUCACAGGCCAGAAGUCCAAAGAGAAAGGGAGGGGGAAAGACAACUUUGGUGAUAGUGGCUUGGAUCAGCCAUAUCUACCACGAGACUUAGCCGAGGUCUCAAAGUUCACACGAAGAAUCGCAGAAGCACCCAUGCCCCCCAAGACGAAGUUACCCCCGGGCUUUGACCGUUAUGAUGGAACAAGAGACCCCAAGGACCACCUGCAUGCCUUCCGGGGAGCGGGACAACUAGGAAGAUGGCCCAUGCCAGUAUGGUGCCACAUGUUUGUGCAAACCCUGACAGAGGGAGCUCGGCUUUGGUUUGACAACCUUCCCCCGGGGAGAAUAGAUAGUUAUGAAGAGCUAAGCGAGAAGUUCCUCAGGAACUUUGGCCAACAGAGAAAAGUGGUUAAAAAUCCGAACGAGAUCCUUCACAUCAGACAAAGGGAUAACGAGCGAAUAGACCAAUACAUGGAGAGGUUUGUCAAGGAAAGCAUGAACAUUAAAGACGUCCCGGAGAUCAUGAAGAUCAGCAGUUUCAUAAACGGGUUGAAGCAUGCACAGCUGUGUGAAAAGCUGGGGGAGGAGUUCCCCCACUCAUUUGACAAUCUUAUGGACAGGGUCAGGGCCUUUGUCAGGGGAAAAGACACAGUCAGCAAAGCGAAGGAGACGGAUGUCACCCCUCGGAGGGCCACCCCAGCUGCAAGGCCCCCUGAUAAAGGUACACCUUAUUCCCGAAAACCUGCCUUUGAUAGAAUGUUACACGACAGAACAAGGCCCUCAUACUCCCCAUAUAGACCCCGAGGGAGGGGUCUCCCUCCUUACUCCGACAGCUUCACCCCUCUCACCAAGACCCCAAGCUAG